UGUUGCAAAAUGAUGCUUACGUUUGUCGAUUUGUUUAUUUAUUAAUUUAUAUACAUUAACUGACUGAAAUUAAUAUUAAAAUUCAAUGAGUUUUUAAUUUAUAAUAAUGGCUGAUCAAAAACGUAAUUUCUGUUGCGGCUGCCUCAGUGCGGAUCGAAAAAUGUUAGCAGUUGAAGACUUUUGGACUAAGCAGUGUUUUUUGCAAAUUUUACGAGAAAUUCCGGUAUAUAAAUCAGAAGAGCGUGUUCCAGAGUGGUUGUGUUGGGAGUGCGAGGCGCUGCUACGGCGCUUCACGAAGUUUAAGCAGCAAGUUUCAAAUAACUUUAAUAUGCUGCGGACAUAUGAGAUGCAGAAACUUGACAUGAAAUUUCCAUACCCCAAACCUAAAUUAACCAUUCACAAGCUUAACAACAUAAAUGUUCCUGAAAUCACUCCUGAACCAGAGACACAAGUAGAAUUACCAAUAGAAAAUGAAUAUGAAACCACGGACAUGCCUCAAGAUAUCAAACUCGAAACGGAUCAAAUCAAAUCUGAAAUUGAAUCACAUUCAGACAACGAUGAUUUACUUAUAAACUACGUACAGAAAAAGAAGAAGGUUAAAAAGAAGAGAAAAAAGCCUGAAGAAUUGUUUAGAGAGAUAGAACUGACGGAGACGGAGAUAGAGGAAGAGAGACGGGAGAUGGAGUUGAGCUUUGAGUAUGUGCACGCGAUGUUCCGGUGCGAGAAGUGUAUAGUUUCCUUUCCUAAUGCGGAAAUGAUGAAGGAGCAUGUGGCUGUGAAACAUGAGCUGAACAUCGCUCACCACAGAUGUCCAAUAUGCACCUGCACCUUCGUUUCUGAAAUCUCGUACAAUUACCACGCGAACAAACACAGGCGGCGCUACGAGUGUUGUGUUUGCAAGGCGCGCACGCGCAGCAAGCGGGCAGCGCAGAAACACUAUAAUAACACUCACGGAAUUGAACCAAGUCCAGAAAAUGCUCAGGUUGGGGAUGCUUCAAUCACUAAUACAAACGGUGUAAAAUCUGAAGACACGUUCCCUUGCGAGCUGUGCGCGAAGACGUUUAAGUGGAAAACGUCGUUAAGGAAACAUUUGGAGACACAUCGUAUAGAGGCCGGGCAGAAGCGGCGGCCAUAUUGCGAGCCCUGCAAAAUGUCUUUCACCACGACUUCCAACCUUCAGAAGCACGUGAAAACCAGCUCCAAACACCAGAUCCAGUUGAAACUGAGAAAGCUAGAAGACACUCUCCCAGAAGAUUCAAAGACACCAGAGAAGCAGAAAGCGCAAAUAGAACAAAUCAAAUGUUCGGUGGCGGCGGCGCGGCAGCUGUACCCCUGCGCGCACUGCGGCAAGCGCUUCCAGUGGCGCGGGAACCUGCUGCGGCAUCUGCAGAGCCAUACGGCCAGGGCAAACGGCGAGCUAGUGUGCACGCCGUGCAACCGAACGUUCUCAUCGGUGGCCACGUUUAAGCAGCACAUGCAGUUGUCUCGAGCACACGUCUCCGAACAGGAUUUCCCGCACUCGUGUGACGAAUGCGGCCGUCGCUUCGCCAACAAAACACGCUUGCAAGACCACAUAGACUGGGACCACAGGAGGCACUUCGCUCAUCACUGUACACAGUGUCAGAAGGUAUUCAAAAGCCACACGUCCCUGUACCUCCACAAGCAGGUAGUCCAUAAAAAAGAGCACGCCGAGCACCUCUGUGACCAUUGCGGGAAACCUUUCCCGAACCACGCGAAGCUGCGCAGCCACAUAAUAGCGCUUCACACGUCCGAGUCCCCCUACAAAUGUACUUCUUGCGCGGCUCGCUUCAGCUGGCACUCUUGUCUAUCGCGCCAUGUACGCAGAGUGCACAAGCGCAAGUGAUGUCACUACACUUGAGUGCAAGUUACGCAAGUAUCUCUUGCGCGGCUAGGUUACGCUAGCACUCAUGUCUCACGCCAUGUACGCAGAGUUCACAAGCGCAAGUGAUGUAUCUAUACUUGAGUGCAAGUGACGCAAGUUACACAAGUAUCUCUUGCGCGGCUAGCUCUCAUGUCUCACGCCAUGUACGCAGAGUGCACAAGCGCAAGUGAUGUCACUACAGCCCGUGCAAGUGACGUCAGUGCGCAAGUCAGUACCAAUGUCACAGAACCACGCGAAACACCGUUACGCAAGUAUCUCUUGCGCGGCUCGCUUCAGCUGGCACUUUCGUGCACGCGCCAUGUAUUACUUAGUCAGGUCAUAAGUUCUGUUACAAAGCAUUCGACUGAUAAAAUGUAAUACAAAGCUUUUAAUAAAAAAAGUUAGCCAUUAGCAUAGCUUGUUUUAUACUGAUCAAAACGUAAUAUAAUUAGUUUAAACAUUUAAAUCGCGACUUUAUUUACUACUUGUUUACUUUGGGAUUGUCGUUAGACGCGAAUACGCGGCUGAAUUGUAAAAAAUAUACUUCACAAAGGGGAGUAAAAACUAAAAAUCAGUGUCACAUUAUUUUAUCAACAGCAUUCAGUUCCCCGGCAAGUCUGUACUUCAACUAAUACCCUUCAAACUUCCUCGUAUGGAUGGUAUAGAAAGGAUGCCAAUCUCUUAUGGUAGAAUUGUUGCAAAGGUGACCGCUUUCUGCUUUAAAUAAUAGUUCCUAAUCUCUCCGGUGGCGCUAGUUAGGCUCUGGGACAUGAGUAUAACAUGAACUAUAUAAGACAACAAAUAAUCCGACCAAAUUACGUAGGUUGUUUUUCGUAGUAUUUCGGUGUAUGGUGGCGCCGCCUAAUUACUGUUUUUUGAAGGACACUUAUCAUACAUAGAGAUUUGGCUCCUUUAUAUAGUCUCCAUGCUUCCUAGGUAGCAAAGUGACAUCAGCGACUUCAUAAUGACGUCAUUUAUACGUCAUAAUGACGUUAUUUCCAGCAACGCUUAUUUUUCACUGCCAUCCAACGAUUAGGUUUGGUAAAACAUGAUCAGUCGCAAACGUCAGACAAAUAUAGUUGGUCAAACCAAAUUGUCAGUAUAUAAGAACAAAAAAAAACUAUACAUCGUUUUCUUUUGGGCGCUAGUACUAGUGUAAGACAAAGAUAUUCUGUCUAUAUUUGAAAUGAGACAGUCCUUUGACUAUAUUUACCGUUUAAACACGCUUCUAUUGUCAACGUGUUAUGUGCAUGUUCAGAUAUUUCUGACCACCUUGGCCGCUUCUAUAUUUAUGUCAGAUCUUCAGAGAUCUGUGUUAUCGAUGUGUGUGAUCUGUGUGAUGUUUGUCUAAUGUCAAAAUGUACUAAAUUGUAAAAGUCAUUAAACCAUGAUCAGUAUUAUUUAUAAAAUUUAUAGUAUUUAUAUUCCUAGUAUGUAUAAUUUUAGCUUUUAUGCAUAAUAAAAUUAAUAAAUGAAAUAAUGUUCUCAAUAUGCUAAAUAAGGAUUUACCA